AUGCUACAGCCCCGUACCGGUUCCUCGCACCGCGCGGGCACGGCCCGACUGACCCGGUCCUCGGAGCCAAUCUUUCUUCCGAAGACCUGCUGCGGAUGGUGGGUACGGACCGAAUCGAUAGCUUCGAAAACCGGACCCGGAUUUUCCAGGGCCGCCGAAAGCGCGCCGGACGCCGCCCGAGCCGCGGCGCUCUACAGGUACCUUUUCCGUAUCUCCGGACGAGCUGAUUCCACGGUCCUUUACGAAGAAGAGAGAACUCUUCCCGGGGCUCUCGGCGACGUCUCCGGGCUCGCUUGCGUCACCGCGGUUUCGCCCGAGAAGCGACGAGACGCCACCGACAUUGCUGCCAGCAGCGCCGCCACCCCCGGGCACUCUCCGAGUCCGGGUUCGGGAAUAUUAACCCGAUUCCCUUUCGACGGAAGGCCGGCCGCUCGUCCUUUGUUAGCGUCGUCGUCGUUUUGUUGUUUUCGAGGACAACAAACGAGACCGACUGACCCGUGCUCGACCGCCGUUGGCACGGAACCCUUCUCCACUUCGGUCUUCGAAGGUCUCGUUCGAAUAUUUGCUACUACCACCAAGAUCUGCACCUGCGGCGGCUCCACCCGGGCCCGCGCCCUAGGCUUCAAGGCUCACCGCAGCGGCCCUCCUACUCGUCGCGGCAUCGGUCAGGCGCGCGCAUCGUUUUCGUCAGCGCAAGCGCUCCUCGCCGCGACGGUCCGGCAUCGGUCCGUCGCCCAGCGCCAUCCAUUUUCGGGGCCGGUCGAUUCGGCAGGCACCUUAGCCGGACGUUUGGUUCAUCCCACAGCGCCAGUUCUGCUUACCAAAAGUGGCCCACUUGGCACUCGCAUUCGUUUCUGCCGCCGUCGAGACGACGAAGGCGGCAGAGAAGUGGGACGGCUCCGUAUUCGGGAGAGUCGACCCGUUCCACCCGUUCCGAGUUCGAGAGUAGGUCGAGGCCGUGAACGGCCCCGGGGCCUCCAAUCCUAUCCUGAGGGAAACUUCGGAGGGAACCAGCUACUAGACGGCUCGAUUGGUCUUUCGCCCCUACACCCGGUUCCGACGAUCGAUUUGCACGUCAGAGGCGCUUCGGACUUCCACCAGAGUUUCCUCUGGCUUCAUCCCGACCGGGCGUGGAUCGCCAUCUUUCGGGUCCCUGGCCGCUCGCUACGCCAGAGUCGGCCGAGUCUUCAAGCCGCGGGAUCUCACCGGUGGGCGGUGGGAGGAAAGUUUGAGGCUGCACCCCGCCGCGAACGAACCCCCGUGAGUUUUCCCCCCGCCACAAGCGCCCGAGCCCCCUGCGUCAUCUCCCGGCGACGGGAAAAUCGUGGAGGAACCGAUACGGGACGGACGGAGGAAAAGAGGGAAAACGAACGACGGGACGAAGACGGCAAGCGCCGGCGGAAUCGGGCACGGCUAGGCAGGCGGAAGGAAGCGAGAAACUCCCCGCCGGAACCGCUUUCGCCGCGACACCUCUCCCAGAACCGGUGCCCUCCCACGCGCUCUCUCGCUUUCGCUGCGCCUUCGGGGUUCUUCGGGGCCCCUACGACUCGCGAACGGCCAGGACUCCUCGGUCCGUGUUUCAAGACGGGUCGGGUGGGUUGCCGAUGCACGUCGCGGACCCGAGGUGACGGGCGGCACAGUGAGACGCCGACCUACCGCGCUGGCAGUGCCCUCCCGCGCGCCCAGAUUUUGGCGUCCGGACGCGGAGAAGACGACGCGACGAGACGACGUCGCGCGCCGGCACGGGAAUCGACUAUCGAUUAUCCACUACUUCGUAUAUAUGUCGGAGUUACCUCCUCCUUCAAGUUCGUAACCCUUUCACCAGAGGUCUCUCUUUCCUGGCUAUAA